AUGUCAAAUAGAAAGAAGACAUUGUUAAAGGUCAUCAUAUUGGGGGAUUCAGGAGUUGGAAAAACUUCUUUAAUGCAACAAUUUGUCAACAACAAAUUCUCCCAUCAAUAUAAAGCAACCAUUGGAGCAGAUUUCCUAACCAAAGAGAUUACAAUUGAUAAUAAUAAACAUGUCACAUUACAAAUCUGGGAUACUGCUGGUCAAGAAAGAUUUCAAAGUUUAGGUGUUGCCUUUUAUCGUGGGGCUGAUUGUUGUGUAUUAUGUUAUGACGUUACCAAUGAAAAAUCAUUAAAUAAUUUAACUAGUUGGAAAGAUGAAUUCUUAGUUCAAUCAAAUGUAUCAAAUCCUCAAGAUUUCCCAUUCGUUAUAAUAGGAAAUAAGAUUGAUGUUGAUGAUUCUAAAAAGAUUCCUUCAUUACAAAAGAAAUUACAUAAUAUAACUCAUAAUCAAUUAGGUGGGUUAAAUUAUCCUGUAUUUGAAACAUCAGCAAAAGAUUCUAUUAAUGUUGAUGCUGCAUUUGAAGUCAUUGCUAAGAUGGCUUUACAACAAGAUGAAUUAAACGCUGCCAGUGGAAAUGAUGCUAAUGAUGAUUAUAAUGACGCAAUAAAUAUACAUUUGGAUGGAGAUGCAGGUGGUUGUGCAUGUUAA